AUGAGUGAUAUAUCAACUUCGGACUACAGUACCGAGUACUCUGGCUCCGAUGACACUCAAUCUGAUGAAGAUAAUACCCCCCAACUACCAAGCCCUCAAGAUCGAUAUAAUGAGCCAGAAACUUUGCGAUACCUUUUUCACCAGGGCUACCGAGGCCCCCAAGUACUUCUCAUCCUCCAAGAGAGAUAUGGGAUCCAUAUGUCACUCAGCACGCUAAACCGGAAGCGAAAGUUGUGGGGUUUCCAAAAGCGUGACCUACCUCAAGGCCCUUCCCCAAUCAUUCAGGCAUCCCUAAGAUCCUCCCAUUCAAAGGGACUCAACUUGUAUGAGAUUCAAGCACGCCUAUUGAAAGAAACUCACAUUAAUGUACACAUCCGAACAAUCCAAAGAUAUCUACAAUACCUAAAAUUAAAAUUACAAUCUAAUGACCUUCAAGAUGGAAAAGUAUCACUUGAGAAAGUUGUUGAGUGCAUCAACCAUGCACGCACCGAGCUCCUCCAAACAUCCGCUGGCUACCGAAGCUUGCAUCGUUAUUUGAAAAGGUUCUAUUCUAUCAGCAUACCUCGAAACACUGUUUAUGACAUACUCAAGCAGAUUGAUCCAGAAGGGCUGGCUCAGCGUCUUCGAAAAACAUGCAAAAGACGCAUUUUCCGCACACAUGGCCCAAAUCAUGUAUGGGCAUGUGAUGGGCACGACAAAUUAAAAAAAUAUGGUAUUUGUAUCUAUGGCAUUAUUGAUGCUUGGUCCCGAAAAAUCCUAGGAAUGUUUGUUCAUGUGACAAACAAUGAUCCUAAACACAUUGGUGUUUACUUCCUCCGUACUGCAGCAACUGCUGGUGGCAUUCCUCUCAAGGUCACAACAGAUUUUGGCUCGGAGACAAUUGAUAUGGCCGCAUACCAAAUGUACAUAUCACAUCAACACGCUGGAAUCAGCCCUGAAGAUGCUGCCAAAAGAAUGCAUUUCACUAAAUCAACUCAAAAUCAAAAAAUUGAAGCUCUCUGGUCACAAAUGAUGAAACAGCAUAAUCAAGCCGUGAUAAAUGUCAUAGAGGAGCAAGUUGAAAGUGGGCGAUAUGAUCCAGAUGAUGAGUUUUCCAAACCAGUGUGGAUCGAUGGGUUUUGCAUCAAAACAAUUCACGAAAGCGCUGAGACCAUCGAAUUUCACUUCCUACUGCCUGAAUAUCCAGAUCAAGAAAGCAUGUUUACCCAAACACCACCUUGGUUCCAUGAUGUAGCCACUGGGGUCAUGGAGGCUCUUGGACUCAGGUUUGAUCAUAUUUCAAUUGGAUCAGUCUGGAUAGCCUAUGAACUCAUGCUCCCAUACAUCAAGAACACAUUCCCUGACAAUCUUGCACUCCCAAGUUACAACUGGCCCCCCUCACCAGACUUAGGAUCAGAAGAUGAUUUUGAUUCAUCCGAAAGUCUUGAAUUUAUCAAUUUAGAUGAAGAAUAG